CUACUGGUCGUUUUGACCUUCUUCCCAAACAAAAAGAAAUCUUUUUGGUAUAUAAUUGCACCUCAGCUUUGGGUGAUGAGUCGUUUUCCAAGUACAAAAUCGGUUGUUUUGGGACUAGUAGUUCCGUUCUGGCGCUUCCUGGGGAUCAACAGAAACUAUUUGCUCAGGUGUCUGAAAAGUGUGGAAGCAAAGUGGUUGUUAAUACAACCGUAGAAGAUUAUGGGAGUGAUAUUCUUAAGUUGGGUAUGCAAGAGGUGUUGAGAAGAGGGUUUGUUAUGAAAUGGAUAGCAGACAACUGCGGCGAAUGCGAGAGCAGUGGGGGGAAGUGUGGUUUCGAUCUCAAUGUGUCUCAAUUCAGAUGUUUCUGCCCAGAUGGGCCUCAUCCCGUCAGCUGUAACGGUAAAGGAGAUGCAUUGGCAGUGAAGAUUGAACUGGGCCUAGGACUAGGUGUUGUAGGUGGUCUUCUGAUAGUAUCCAUUGUAAUUCGCUGCUUCAGAAGAAAGUUUAUUGAGAAAUCUACUUUCUUUUGGAUGAACAAUUUUCGCAGUCAUGAAACUGUUCAGGAAUUUCAAAUGGACUAUGGACCAAUUCAAGUUAAGAGAUACAGCUACUUGGAUGUGAAGAAAAUGACCAACUCCUUUAAUAAUAAAUUAGGACAAGGCGGCUACGGUGGUGUAUACAAAGGAAAACUAAACGAUGGUUGUCUUGUAGCGGUGAAGAUCUUGAACACAUCAAAAGGUAAUGGAGAAGAGUUUAUGAAUGAGGUUGCAGCCAUCAGUAGAACUUCCCAUGUCAACGUUGUUAACUUGUCAGGAUAUUGUUUUGAGGGUUCAAAGAGAGCUCUUAUAUAUGAAUUCAUGCCUAAUGGAUCUCUUGAGAAGUUCAUAUUUGAUACAAAGAAUCGACAAAAAGAUCAACAGUUGGGGUGGGAAGCAUUGGAACGAAUUGCACUUGGCAUUGCUCGAGGACUAGCAUAUCUACAUCGAGGUUGCAACACAAGAAUUUUGCAUUUUGAUAUUAAGCCUCAUAACAUUCUUCUUGACGAAAACUUCUCGCCGAAAAUCUCAGACUUUGGCCUUGCUAAAUUAUGCAAGGGAAAUGAGAGUAUUGUAUCAAUGCUGGGUGCUAGAGGUACUGCUGGAUACAUUGCUCCAGAAGUGUUUUGUAGAAAUUUUGGUGGUGUCUCACACAAAUCCGAUGUGUACAGCUAUGGAAUGAUGCUUUCAGAGAUGGUUGGAGGAAGAAGGAACAUUAGUGUUGAAGUUGAAAAUACAAGUGAGAUAUACUUUCCCCAUUGGAUAUAUAGGCGACUUGAAUUGGAUCAAGAACUUGGCUUGCACAAUAUCAUGAACGAGGAAGACAUUCAGAGCAAGGAGAUGAUAAUUGUGAGCUUAUGGUGCAUACAAACUGAUCCCUCAAACCGGCCAGCAAUGAAACAAGUGAUAGAAAUGUUGGAAGGGAGUAUUGAUUCUUUGGAGAUACCACCAAACCCCUACUUGUCUUCUUCUCCUCCAAAACCCCUAGAAUCACCACAUUCUUCUACUUUGGUAUCACUACAAUAGAACUCCAUAUUUAAUAUACUUGUAUUUCAAAGGAAUCUUAAUGUGGUAAAUAA